AUGUUGAUUGCUUCUGGUAUGGAGAAGAGAUUUUGGGUUGAGGCUGUUGCUACUGCAGUAAAGCUGAUCAACAAAUGCCCAUCUUCUAGCAUAGGUGGUGAUACACCAAAUUUGAGGUGGUAUGGCAGUUAUGGUGACUACACUCAGUUGAGGGCUUUUGGCUGCAAAGCUUUUGCAUAUCUCAAGCAGACCAAGCUGGAUGCAAGAGCUCAGAAGUGUGUGAUGUUGGGUGAUCAACAAGGUGUGAAGGGCUAUAGACUUUGGUUCAUAGUGCCAGGGAAUCGCAAAGUGAUUGUGAGCAGAGAUGUUACUUGUGUGGAGGAGGAUAUGCCUUUCAAAAAUUCUGAAGAAAAGGUCCAGCAUUCACAGAAAAGUAUUGAUGUGGAGUUGGAAAGUCAGAGUAUGAAGCAGGUUGAAUCUGAAGAUGUUGUAGUGAUGAGCUCAGAUGAUGAGGAGACAUAA